UCCGUCCAUUUUUCUCUCUCUCUGGUGAGUCUAGGUCAAUCUUUUUUUUCUUGAAUAAGAGGAUUUUAAGAAAUCCAUCCACGUAUUUACCCUCAAUAAAAUAUCAUCCCCUAACAAUCGCUAAGUAUAAAACCUAAUGAAGUUGAAUUGGCUUAUUUAUAUUAUUUACCAAAAGUCCAUAAGCCUGGUACUCCUCUACGACCAAUUAUAAGUGGACUUAAGCAUCCUACAAUUAAAAUAUCUAAAUUUCUGGAUGAUUUAUUAAGACCAUUGUUUGAUCGAAUGGCCCAGGAAGCAACGGUUUCUUCUGGCUUUGAAUUAGUUAAAAAAUUAGACAUAUGGUCAAAACUAAAUAUGGAUGGAAAUACGAUAUUUUGUACUAUUGAUGUAGUGGAUUUAUAUACAAUGAUUCCACAAGUAGAAGGAGUACUUUCUCUCAAGAAAAUGUUAGAUUAUUUGAAAUUGAAGAAAGUUGGUGGUUUAAAAAUAGAAACUAUUACUCGAUUAAGUCGAUUUUUUAUGCAAAAUAAUUAUUUUUCUUAUGAUGGCCAAUUUUAUCAUCAAAUUAGAGGUGGAGCUAUGGGAUCCCCGUUAACUUUGACUAUGGCGAAUUGUUAUAUGUUCCUUUUUGAACGACGAAUAGCCACACAAAUUAAAAAUAGCGGUGGACUCUAUUUUCGAUAUAUUGGUGAUUUAUUUAUAGUAAUUAAUUGGCCCGCUAGACACUUCUUGAAACAAAUCGACAGAUGGAAUAAAUUUGAUGAAAAUAUUAAAUUAAAUGCGAACGUUGGUUCUUUUAUGAAUUUUCUUGAUUUAUAUAUGGAAAAUUGUGACGGUAUAUUAUUUACUACUGUUUAUCAAAAGCCGUCUUAUGAGCCGUAUUACUUGCCAUUCAAUAGUAUUCAUCCAUUACAUAUGAAAAAGAAUAUACCUUUUACGAUGUUACUUAGAGUGAUCCAGUAUUGUUCUACAUUUCAAAUAUAUUUGGAUGAACGCGAAAAAUUACGUAUAGCUUUACUACUCAAUAAAUAUCCGAACAAAUUAAUUGAAGAACAGUUUAAUAAUGUUCUUUUGAGAUAUAAUAUUGAUCAGCCAUUAACAAAUUUCAAUUAUGAUAAAUAUCGUCAAAAAGUAAUAGAUUCACCCAUAAAAGAAAAAGUUAUGAUUGAUUAUGAAGCAGUUAUGUUUAUACAUUUCACAUACAGUUCUACCAUGAAAACUUUUCCUGUUAAAUUCCAUCAACUUUGGAAUAAAUACUUUGAGGAAUCUCCUAUUAAUGAAGUUAGACCUAUUUUAGGUACCCGAAAUGUGAAGAAUAUACAAAGACGUCUAGCCUUUAAUUAA